AGCGCAAUCCGUGCAGGAUGCGGUUCCUGGUUGCGUUGGUCUUGCUGAGCUUCGCGGCGGCGGACCCGCCCCGCAUUACGCCGCCAACAACCAAAAGUACGUUCCUCAGGACUGUAAGUCAGCGUUCUACAGGAAGCGACCCCAUCCAGCCCACCUCGAGCCAGCUGCCUACCAAGGAACAUCUUUCUGAUCCACCUGUUCGGAACUUAUCUUCCACGAAUGAUGUCUCUAACGGCUCAGUUGUGGAGCAGCCAUCUCCUCAAGAAGGCUCCAGCACGUCAAGUUUGAACCCACCUCCCACUCAAGGCGACUCCAACAAGCCCACCUCUAUCCCUUCCUCUGAUAAAAAGGACUCCCCCAACUCUAACAUAAACCAGGCAGCUGAUGAAGGAGAGACAUCUCUGAAUCCUUCCAGAACUGAAUCUGGGGAGAAAGUGUCAGUGGACCCUGACCUCAUUUCUCCCAAGCGGGAGGAAGAUAAGUCUUCAGAGCCUGCUGAAGAUGUGGAGCCCAAAGAUGCUGAAGAAGGUGAUACAGAGCCUAAAGAAGGCUCACCACCCAAAGAAGAGAAAGAAAAGAUGUCUGGCCCUGCCUCCAGUGAUAACCGCGAAGGGAUACUUUUGGAUCCCAUGAAUAGCGAGAAGGAUGACAAUGUUGGAAAUGCCAGUGCAGAGAGCAGCCACUUCUUUGCAUAUCUGGUGACUGCAGCCAUUUUUGUUGCUGUCCUCUAUAUUGCUUAUCACAACAAGCGGAAGAUUAUUGCUUUUGUCCUGGAAGGAAAAAAAUCCAAAGUCACUCGGCGGCCAAAGGCCAGUGACUACCAACGUUUGGACCAGAAGCUUUGAUUUUUGUCCUUGAGAACCUUGUCCUCCCUGCUGAUCUGUUUCUAAAUCAAGAGAAAUGAAGAAAAAAAUACUGUGACCUAAGAGACACCCUCGUCUGGGGUUUGGUGGCAAGUCUGGGCUGGCGGGGCGGGAGUGGCUUCGGGGUUUGCACCUGCACUUUGGUGACAUUGUUCUCCUGUGUUCCCUUUA